CGCCGCAGCCGGGUCGGGAUUUGAAAGAUUAAAACUCCCGGCGGCGAGCGCGGCGGCGCGUGUGAGGCGGCCGCGCGGGGGCCGAGCAGCCGGCGGCGUCUCCACAGCAUGAGCUACCCGGGCGCCGGCUCUCCGCGGAGCCCCGAGCCUAACGGCGGCGGCUUCGAGCGCCUGCCCGGCGGGGACCCGGGCGACGACGCGGCGGGCCUGGCGCUGCUGCGCGGGGAGCCCGGGCUGCGCCUGACGCCGGGCGCCGAGGACCACGGCCGCCGCCCGGCGCUGGAGCCGCGCCUGAGGGACGAGCCCUGCGGCCGCCGCUCGGCCGGGCCGGCGCCGCCGCGGCGCUGCUACCGCGAGGGCGAGGGCGAGCGCGAGGGCGGCGGGCCCGCGGCGCCGGGCGCGGGGGGCGCGGGGGGCGGCGGGCCGGCGGAGAGGAAGCGCACGCGGCUGGGCGGCGCGGCCGCGCGGCCCCGCUACGAGGUGGUGACGGAGCUGGGCCCGGAGGAGGUGCGCUGGUUCUACCGCGAGGACAGGAAGGCCUGGAAGCCCUUCAUCGGCUACGACUCGCUGCGCAUCGAGCUGGCCUUCCGAGCCCUGCCGCCGGCCCCGGACGGCCGCCCGGCGCGCGCCCCGGCCUCCGGCCCCGCGGACGACGACGGCGGCGACGACGACGACGACGGGGACGACGACGACGGGGACCGCGGCUGCGGCUUGUGCCCGCGCCGGGCGGGGCGCGCGCGCGCGCUGGAGGAGCUGGGGCGCGUGGAGCGGGUGUGUGUGCGCGGCGGCCUCUACGAGGUGGAUGUGACCGAAGGAGAGUGCUACCCGGUGUACUGGAACCAGUCCGAUAAAAUACCAGUAAUGCGUGGACAGUGGUUUAUUGAUGGUACUUGGCAGCCGCUAGAAGAAGAAGAAAGUAAUUUAAUUGAGCAAGAACAUCUUAGCUGUUUUAGAGGUCAACAGAUGCAAGAAAGUUUUGAUAUUGAAGUGUCAAAACCCAUAGAUGGAAAAGAUGGCAGUGGGAUCAACUAUUCUGUUGUCUACCACCUCCCUCCAUUCUCCCUCCCUUCUCUCUUCAAAUGGAGAGGAUUUAAGGAGAGUACAGAUGCGGCAGGUCUUAAACGAAAGCGUUCCCAAGCUAUUCAUAGUUUCAAGUUGAGUCGAAACCACGUGGACUGGCACAGUGUGGACGAAGUGUAUCUUUAUAGUGAUGCAACAACAUCUAAAAUUGCAAGAACAGUUACCCAAAAACUGGGAUUUUCUAAAGCAUCGAGUAGUGGGACCAGACUUCAUAGAGGUUAUGUAGAAGAAGCCACGUUAGAGGACAAGCCAUCACAGACUACCCAUGUUGUGUUUGUUGUGCAUGGCAUUGGGCAGAAAAUGGACCAAGGAAGAAUUAUCAAAAAUACAGCCAUGAUGAGAGAGGCUGCAAGAAAAAUAGAAGAAAGGCAUUUUUCCAACCACGCAACACAUGUUGAAUUUCUGCCUGUUGAGUGGCGGUCAAAACUUACUCUGGAUGGAGACACUGUAGAUUCCAUCACUCCAGACAAAGUGCGAGGUUUAAGGGACAUGUUGAACAGCAGUGCAAUGGACAUAAUGUAUUACACCAGCCCCCUGUACAGAGAUGAGCUAGUUAAAGGCCUUCAACAAGAGCUGAAUAGAUUAUAUUCCCUUUUCUGUUCUCGGAAUCCAAACUUUGAAGAAAAAGGGGGUAAAGUCUCAAUAGUGUCGCAUUCCUUGGGAUGUGUAAUCACUUAUGACAUAAUGACUGGCUGGAAUCCAGUUCGACUGUAUGAACAGUUGCUGCAGAAGGAAGAAGAGUUGCCUGAUGAACGAUGGAUAAGCUAUGAAGAACGGCAUCUUCUUGAUGAACUCUAUGUAACGAAACGACGGCUGCGAGAAAUAGAAGAACGGCUACACAGAUUGAAGGCAUCAUCUAUGACACAAACACCUGCCUUAAAAUUUAAGGUUGAAAAUUUCUUCUGUAUGGGGUCCCCACUAGCAGUAUUUUUGGCAUUGCGUGGCAUCCGCCCAGGAAACACCGGAAGUCAAGACCAUAUUUUGCCCAGAGAGAUUUGUAACCGAUUACUGAACAUUUUUCAUCCGACAGACCCAGUGGCUUAUAGAUUAGAACCAUUAAUACUGAAACACUACAGCAACAUUUCACCUGUCCAGAUCCACUGGUAUAAUACUUCCAAUCCUCUACCUUAUGAGUAUAUGAAGCCAAGCUUUCUUCACCCAGCAAAAGAACCUACCUCAAUUUCAGAGAAUGAAGGCAUUUCAACAAUACCGAGCCCUGUGACUUCACCGGUCUUGUCCCGCCGACACUAUGGGGAAUCUAUAACAAAUAUAGGCAAAGCAAGCAUAUUAGGGGCUGCGAGCAUUGGAAAGGGACUUGGAGGAAUGUUGUUCUCAAGAUUUGGACGUUCUUCUGCAUCACAGCCAUCUGAGACAUCAAGGGACUCCAUCGAAGACGAGAAGAAGCCCGUUGCUUCUCCUCCCAUGACCACCGUGGCAACACAGACCCUUCCACAUAGCAGUUCUGGCUUUCUUGACUCUGCAUAUUUCAGACUUCAAGAAUCGUUCUUUAAUCUCCCACAACUUCUUUUUCCGGAAAAUGUAAUGCAGAAUAAAGAUAAUACCCUCGUGGAGUUGGAGCACAGAAUUGACUUUGAACUCAGAGAAGGCCUUGUGGAGAGCCGCUAUUGGUCCGCAGUCACGUCGCACACGGCCUACUGGUCCUCCCUGGAUGUCGCCCUCUUUCUUUUAACCUUCAUGUACAAACAGGAGCACGAUGAUAACGCAAAACCCAAUUUAGAUCCAUUCUGAACUCUUGAAGGACAUUAAUGGCCCCAGACUGAUUUUUUUCUGUUAAAAUGUGUGUCAAGAUACAGAAGUUUCAGGUUUAAGUAUGUUUCAGUUUUGUUUAGGGCAAGAAAUAUUUGAGUUUGAAAGCACUUUAUUUAAAAAAAGCAAGUGUUCAGUCCAAAAGAAGUUACUUAUCGUUUUCGUCAUUUUAAUUGUGAGUCUGACAGAACCCCCUGCAGAGAAGCAGGCAAGACCUGGACGUGAGGAAGACUUGGGUGGACUGCGAGAUCGCACAUCACAGCCUAGUUUCUCCCAAAUAUAAAGGCAUAUGAAUGGGUUGACUCUAAUGCAUUAACCAAAAUAUAUCAUAAACCCAACAUGACCAAGGUCCAGGGGAUUCUGUGUGAUCUUUACAACAAGGUGGUAUCAUUGUUUCAGAUUUCUAUGGAAGUUUCCAUGUGCACAAGUUUUUUGAAACGAGUAUAACAGAUCUAAAAUGUUUUAAAUUUAACUUGUUUAGAAAUUCUAAACAAAUGCUAAAAAAGAAACAACAUUUGAACUACUAUAUAGUUUAUUACCUCUGACUAACUGCUUUAUGUCAAUGUGUGAAACAUUACUUUUUUUAAUGUUUCCUUUGAACAACUUAAGAACCACAUUUAUUUUUUUCAGUGUUAAGACCCUUUUUUCUCAGAACUCCAUCUUUGUACUCUUCAGAUGAAUAUAUAGACACUGUGGCAUACUUUCAGUUUUUUUUUUUUUUCAUUAAAAACUUGUCGUUUUGCACAAAUAACACUAGUUCAAUUAUUUUGAAAAAAGUGACCUUUUUAUUAUGUCCCAUGAACCUCACAGAAAGCUAAAAUUUUCUAAACUUGACACAGCCUACUCCAUAAUAGGUACAUUUCCUUAACUCUGCUGAAACGUUGGUAACCUUUGGAGUAGGACGUAUGGCAACUAUUUUAAGUACAUAAGCAUCUGUGUGCCAGGCAGUCCACACACACAAAGGGGUGGAGUGUGGAAGGAGUCGUGAUUGAGACACGGACAGAGCAGCUCGGGGUUCUGAGGCACUGGAAGAGUUUCCUCAGCUGUCAUUUUUUCCACAGUGCUUUUCAUCUGAGGAGCUCAAAGUCCUCUGCAGUGUGCUAGUCUAUGUGGCGGCUCCUUGAGGUAAGUAAAUGAGUUAUUCUCGUGUCACGUAGUCAUACACGAAGGCACCCACGCGUUGAACGUGCCUUGAAUGAGACGGUAGAGCAGACCCGGCGCGCUCAGACGGCAGACAGGCCGUGCUGCCUGGGGACGUCCACGCGACCUCUUCUUUGGCAAACAGGAGUGACAGAAGUCGCAGGUCGCUUUGGAGACAGGCCUGUGCGGCCCGCGCGUCACCCGCCUGGGCGCACGCACGCCGCGGGCCUUGCCGAGGGGCUCCGCUUCCCGGGACGGCGGCCUGGGAGCCGCGCCGCCCGGCCCUGCGCGGGGAGCCGCCGGCGUCUGCGGCUGGCUGGUCCGCCGCUGUUGCCCAGCGCUCGGUCCUCUGUGUGGGCCUUGCCCUGGGUUUGCACGACGGAAGGCGCUGCCUGUGGGCGCUGCGAGAGCGGGCCCGAGGCUGCACGCGCAGGCCCGCGAGGCCCUAGGAAAGUGGCCGUACGGCGCCUUACGUGCAUCUCAGCACAGCGGAGGCGCAAGAGUCCUGUGGACUCGGGUCAUCAUCCUGCCCUGUUUGUUUUGUAGGUCUGCUUAGUUCUCAGGAGAAUUAAACUCCUGGCCCCUGUGACUGCCGUUAAAGGUGCGUGAGCAUGCGGGUGGUGUGAGGCUUUGUGCUUGCUUGCUUGAGGCUGGUUUUCCCGCGUUGCGGCAUGCGGGCUCCAGAGCAUGCGGGCUCAGCAGUUGCGGCACGCGGGCUCAGCAGUUGCGGCGCGCGGGCGGGGACCCAGGCCCCCUAGGCUGGCAGCUCGGAGUCUUAACCCCUGGGCCGCCAGGGACGUCCCAGGGAACUCGUUCUUAAGCACUAGCAUGUGAAGAGCCCCUUUCACCUGAGAGGAGUGAAGACCUAUCGCAUCUUUUCAUGUGAUAUUGAGUAAAAAGAGAAGUAUGUUCCCAGAGCUGCAGGAAUAUAUCUGCUUCCCUCUUUUCAUGUUGAGGAAAAAAAUCCAAUUUAACCGCGUGGAACUUACUUGAAUUCUUGAAAAGAGCAACGUUCAAAACCCCGUUUUCAAGCAUCCGUCAGCCUUGGGAACUUCUCACACUGCACGUGUUCCGUAGAAGCCCUCAGACAGCGACACGUGAACAUUCACCUCACUCUCGUUUUCUCUCCGUUGUUUCCUCGUUGGGGCUGAAGCAUUCUGGUCCCAUCCUGGCUUUGCCUUCCCCCAAGGAGUGGACGCAGGAAAAGAAAGCAUCGGCAGUGUGUCAUGGCCAAGUCCACAGCUCCUUCCGGUGAUGAGGCUUGAGCCCCUUCAGGGGGAAGGACCAUCCCCAGAGAGCUCGCUGUAAGGCCCACAGGAGAGGGAAAAUAAUUGAGUUGCUUUCUGAUUAAUUCGGGUGGUUAAUGUUUCUGUCUUCUCAGCUGUAAUGAGUAAGGCAUUUGGACAAUUGGGAAAACUAAUUUGAGUGCAUGUCUUACAAUUGUUUGAAUAAUCUGUUAGCAUGGAAAUGGGGCUAAAGGAGAUAUGUGAUAUUAAAGAAGGGCCAAGGCAGGAUGUAGCAGUCAUUCACUGGAGAAAGAACUAGAACUUGACCGGACAGGCUGAGUGUUGGGUAGGUAACGUCUGUGGUUACUCUCAAGUGUCUCUCAUCCAGGUUCUGCUGUCAUCCCUGUGCCUCAAGCCUCUGCCAGGAGUCGGAUGGUCCUCUGGCUGAAUCUGAAAACACAUGCAUUAAAUAUUUUUAUGGUUAGGAAUGGACCAAUACAUGUAGUUCCCUGAUGUUUUAUAGUAACUUACCUAUGUAGAAAACCUUUUGCUGUAUCCGCAGCAGAUGUGGCAGGAAGCAGCCUCACUUAACUCUUAACUCAAUGUUACUUCUCGGAUGGGUCUAGGAAGCCUGCAGCCCACGCUGCCUCCUCUUACAUUCGUCAAGGGGAAAGGAUGUUGCCAAGGAAAUAUCUGUACUAUUGAGCUUGGAGCCGUGUACAGAAUGGCAGGAUAUAAAGUUUCAUCUCACAGGUCUCAGUGCUGGCAUGAUAACAGCCUGGCUUACUUGCAUCCUGUUUUAGUCUUCAUUGGAUGUUUGCAAUAACUCAGGAUCCUAAAAUUUCAGGGUUCCUACAGAUUUUAGAGGUCGUCUAGUCCAACUCGGUUUUAGUGUCUUGUGAGCGCUGAAACAGCAUAAAGGUCAUGAAAAGUGAAGUGAGGGGCGGCCCGUUAGGUUCAGCCCAGAGACUUUGAAAGACUGAAUACUCGGCAGUAGAGGAGGGAGGUUGGUGGUGUCUCUGCAGAAUAAUGUCGUUGACCAUAGGAGAGUUCUAACACCCGGAGGGCUGCGGAGAUGGUCACUUUCCAAAGCAUGUUCUGCAGACUGUAAUAGAUGUCGGUUCAGAAAAUAAGUUUGGGAAAUGCCAAAUUUAGAAGAUUCCUUUACAGCAGGACUUGAGCCUUUGAUGCAUUAUAUGUAGUGUGAACCUGUCUGGUGCUGUGGGGUGGAGGAAGGGGAGUUUUUCCAAACUUAUUUAACCAUAACUGUAUUUAUAUGAAUAUACUUAGAGAAAUGCUAUCACAUUUAAUUCCUGUAUUUUACAGAGAUGUAUCGUUUUGUUUGACAAGUGACCACUCCCACCCCAUAAGAUCAUAUGGCCAGCCAAUGACAGAGUCAGAAUUAGGCCUAAUAGGUAAGGAGCUCCUAAAAGGCAGGAACUCCCUCAGCGGCGGGGGCAGGGUGGGGGGGGGGGGUGGGCUCGGAGGUCUCUUCCCCAUCCCCUCCCCCAGCCCUCUAGCUGCAACCUGGUGCUUUAGGAGCUGCAAGCUCUCAGCCAAUGGCUCUAGGCUUGAUUUCCCCAGCUGGUCUCCUUUGUUCCCAGGCUCUCCUGAAAGAGAGCCCUGCAGGGUCUGGAUAGACUUCCUCAGAUUCAAAAUAUCCAGGGAAAAGAAAAGCAAAAGAGGAAAUUUCUUGGCGGUCUAGUGGUUAGGAGUCCAUGCUUUCAUUGCCGGGUGGCACAACCAGAAAAUGAAAAUAAGCAAAAGAUUGAAAAAUCAAAUAAAAAACUAAAAUACCCAGUAAACAUUGUAUUAGUUUUCCAUUCUGGUGACAGAUGCAAACUUGGUAGGGAAACAAGCUGCACAGUGUUCGUGCUUCAUAUUCCUUUUGUUUCCUUCCCAUACUGUUCAUAUGUUGACCUUUUAUCAAUUCUUGACAAGCAGAGCCCUUCUAAAACUGUUCCAACAUAGGUUAACUAACAAAAAUUUUAAAAUUCCAGUACUGUGCUUUGUGGAGAAUAUGAGAAGAGUUUUUGGUGUGUGUGUGUUUUCCCCAAAAAUAGUCUCUUGGCAGGUGGUUAGCGCGAACUUUUCCUCCGCCUUUGUCUCUGGGGACGCGGGGGGAGUGCACUCAGUAUUGUCUGUCACCUUCUGGUUUUUCAUUUAUGUGUCACAGGGUGCAACUUGCUUCCUUCCCACGGUGCGCUGGCCAGGCGAUGUCGGGAAGCUGCUCUUUAGGGAGGUUAAAUCUGGUCUUCUGUGUUCUGUGGGAGUAGGAUGAAAAACAAGUGUGUUAAUACUUGACCUUUAACGCCUUCUCCUGGAAGACACCGAAUAUCCGUGAGCAUCCUUCACACCUUCCCUUGGCAGCACCACACUCACUACCAGCUCCGCCCGACCUCUGAGAAUACUUGAUGCCCCGUGGGCUUGGUGAUAGAAACGUGUGACCAUUCUGUGGGCCUAAGGCUGUCCCGAUACAUCCAAACUCUGCCAGUAAAAGUCCGGGGAGUUUUUUGUGUGUCUCGCUCCUGGGUCCAGCUCUCCGGCAGCUGGCACUGCGACUCCCGCGACCCUUCUGUUGUUGCCUUUCUUGCGGCGUCUGGGACCUCUUCUUGUGUUCACCCUUCCUCGUGCUGUCAGUGACCGCAGUGA